AUGGCACCUAGUCAAAGGUCUAUAGUGUGGGAACAUUUUAAGAAAACUUCUGACAAGUGUGUGAUUUGCCAAAUAUGUAAAAGAGAAUUUAAAUACCACGGAAAUACAACUAAUUUGAAAGAGCAUUUAAAAAGAAUUCAUCCAGCGCACAUUACACCUGUUUUAAAUAAUGAAGAAGAAUUAGAUUUGAAUCUAUCAGCCGGACCAUCUACUUUUUCUAAUAAUUCCAACAAUAUACAACAAACUGAACCCUGCUUUCCUUCUGCACCUAAACGUUGUCGCCAAUUAAAAUUAUAUGGUUCGACUGAAGGUAACAAUUUAACAGAUGAAGUAAAAAAUUCAAUAGACGAAAGUUUAAUUAAGAUGAUUGUUACUGACUACCAACCUCUAUCGUUAGUUGAGAACAGUGGGUUUUUAGAAUAUUCUAAAAAAUUGCAACCUUUAUAUAAAGUUCCCACUAGUUUGUCAAUUACAACUGAUAUAUGGACUUCUGACAAUAAUAUAGCUUAUUUAACAGUUACUUGUCAUUUUAUAUUUGAUGAUCGUCUAUAUUCACCUGUCUUGGCAACUAGAGAAAUGCAUGAAUCUCAUACUGGCGUCAACAUAGCUAAUUUGCUUUCAGAUAUUUUAAAUGAAUGGGGCAUUAAAGAUAAAAUAGUGACUAUAGUCUCGGACAACGGAUCUAAUAUAAAAAACGCUAUAAAUGUACACCUUAGUAAACACCACCAUCCAUGUGUCGCACACACACUCAAUUUAAGUAUUAACGAAGCAAUUUUGUCUAAUAAAGAUUUCCUGGAUGUUUUAAAAAAAUGCCGCACAUUGGUAGGACAUUUUAAACAUAGUGUCUUUGCGUCUGAAAAACUAAAAGAACUGCAAACACAAAUGGGACUUCCUGUAUUAAAAGUAAUACAAGAUGUGAGUACAAGGUGGAAUUCGAGCGUUCAUAUGUUAGAUAGACUUGUACAAAUUAAAGCACCUUUGUCGGCAGCUAUGACAUUUCUUCCCCGUGCACCAGACCUUUUAACUGCACUAGAUUGGGAAUUAAUAACUGAUUGUCUACCUAUAUUAAAACCAUUUGACGUCAUGACAGUUGAGUUAUCUGGUGAAAUAUAUCCAACACUUUCUUCAGUCAUUCCAUUAGUAAGGGGCCUUCAACAUACAUUAAAAAGUAUAAUAACUAAUACAACUGCUGAAAAUGCACUUCAAAAAAUUGUAAUUGAAGUCAUCGUUAGACGAUUAGGUAUACUAGAACGUGAUAAAAUAGUUGCUAAAUCAACCUUUUUAGACCCUAGGUUUAAAAAAGCAGGUUUUGGAUUAAUUGAAAAUGCAAAUAAUACCGAAAAAUUGCUUAUGGAAGAACUAUCUGAUGUAUUAAAUAAUAAACACCAGGAAGAUACAUGUAGUGUACCUAUCAACAGUAUCAACGUCGAAUCCAAUGUAUUAUGGAAACAAUUUGACACGAAAGUGUCCCAGAUCAGAAGCACUUUAUCAACAGGAAUUACAGCUUCACUUAUAAUACUGUUUUCGGGUCGGCUGUUGGGCGGUGGCAAGUGUCGAAUGAAUGAAUAA